UAUAGUAGGGUACCUACGAUGCAGUUCUUAUUAAUUUGUCUUCUGUUUAGUAAAAGUCUUGCAGAUCAGUACAACAUUAAUAAGACACCAUUUCCAGACUACUUUAAAUUUGGAGCUGCGACAGCUGCCUAUCAAAUAGAAGGAGCCUGGAAUGAAGAUGGAAAAGGAGAAAAUAUUUGGGAUCACUUUUGUCACACUAGGCCUAAAGCCGUACUUAAUGAAGAUAAUGGUGACAUUGCUUGUGAUUCCUAUCACUUGUGGGAAAGAGACAUAGAGAUGUUAAAAGAAUUGGGCGUGAAUCAUUACAGGUUUUCUAUUUCGUGGGCUAGGAUUUUGCCAACAGGUUAUACAAAUGUAGUCAGCAAAGAAGGAAUUAAUUAUUACACCAAAUUAAUAAAAGAACUAAAACGUAACAACAUAGAACCAAUGGUGACUUUAUACCACUGGGACCUACCACAAACCCUACAAGAUCUUGGAGGAUGGACAAAUGAUAUCGUUGUGGAUGCUUUUGUGAAUUUUGCACGCAUUUGCUUUGAAUCGUUUGGUAAAUAUGUUCGGUAUUGGAUAACCGUAAAUGAACCCUUCCAAGUCUGCCAUCCUGGUUAUGGUGACGGAUCAUUGGCUCCAGGUUUAUAUUCUCCUGGUAUAGGCGAAUACUUGUGCGCUCAUAAUUUAAUAAAAGGACAUGCACGAGUCUGGCGUGUCUACGAUGAUCAAUUUAGAGAUGCUCAGAAAGGAGUCAUUUCAAUGGCUGUUCAUUGUGGCUGGUACCAAGCAGAAUCCAAUACCACAGAGGAUUUAGAAGCAGCAGAGACUAAAAGUCAGUUUGUUAUAGGGUUGUACAUGCACCCAAUUUAUUUAGGCGACUAUCCCAAAGUUGUCAAGGAUCGAAUAGCCAUGAGAAGUGAAAAAGAAGGUUUCUCGAAAUCUCGUCUUCCUGAAUUCAGUGAAGAGGAAAUAGAGUACAUCAAGGACACUCACGAUUUCUUUGGAAUCAAUUAUUACAGUACUUAUAAUGUAAAGGCUAUCGCGGAGCCACCAAUAGGUGAACCAAGCUUUGAAAAGGAUUGUGGAGUUUUCACUUAUUCUCCACCAGAGUGGGAGAGUACUCAACUAAGUGUGAUGAAGAAUACACCAUGGGGAUUCAGAAAAAUGCUGAAAUGGAUAAAAGAUGAGUACAACAGUCCAGAAAUAUUAGUGACAGAAAAUGGAAUAGCCAUUGAUGAACAGUAUAAUGACGUCACAAGAAUAAGAUAUUUAAAGGAACAUCUCAGCAGUGUGCGUGACGCCAUGAUGUUUGAUGAUGUUAACGUGACGCUAUACACUGUAUGGAGUCUAUUGGAUAAUUUUGAAUGGAGCAAUGGUUACACACCCAAAUUUGGGGUAUAUGAGACCAACUUCAGCAGUCCUGAAAGGACAAGGACACCAAGAAGAUCAGCGAAAUAUUACAAACACGUAGCCACAACCCAUGGAAUAGUCUGGUCACAAGAAAACUAGAUAGAAGUAGUUUUUUAAAGUAAGCUAGUGGAGGUUAUGAUAAUAAAAGUAAAUAAUA